AUGUUCAUCCUAACUAAAUUUGUUCUGCGGAUUGUAAAUCACUUGAUAAAGGUAGAUGUUUCUCAAAAAUAUAUUGUUACUCCUGAAUAUAUUUUGUCCUGGGUUCAAAAAUAUAGAAGAUCAACCUAUGAAUCUCCUCCGAAGCAUAUAUCCACAUAUGGAAAAGAUUUCAAGUUUCUUGGCCGUGAAGAAACAAAGGAACGACUUUGGAAUGGAACUUUGAAUAAAAAUGGUGUUAAAAAACGUUACUAUGCAUUUCUGAACAAAAUUAUAGAUCGUAAUUCCCACCCAAUUCCAUUUAUUGCAGCAGGACCCGGUACUGGGAAAACUCGAGUAUUGGAAGAAAGUUUGAAUAUGAUGCAACAAUGCGCAGAAAAUGACA